AUGGUCGAUGUGGAGCCAACACCGGUUGACGAUUCCGUCGCAGCGUCUGAGGCGACAGAGGACCAGUCUCACAAUGCGACAGUCAGCGCAACGGUCGGAACAAGGCGCCAGGCCAAUGGCACAAUCGGCUCGGUCUAUUCUGGCAAUAAGAUCCGACAUCUGAAGAAGGAAGAUGGCAUCCCACUGUGGCGGAAGGACAUUCAAUAUCAGUUCCUUAAACUGGUCUUUGAGGACAAGACUCCUGUCUUCACGCGAUACCCAGACGGCAAGAAGAAUUGCGAUUUUGCCGACAUCUACAUAGACGCGAUGGCCAGGAGUAGCAAGACCAGCAAGAUUUUGAAAGACAAGCUUCAGAACGAUAAACCUGCCGCAAUCAGCAUGGCCAUGGUCUGUCUAUUAGUCAAUUUCGGUCGCAUGAACACCACCCUGAACUUCUUCCCGGAAAUGCGUGCGCAGUUACGAACCUAUCACUCCAUCCCUUCCCUGCAAGCCUAUCAGGACUCCAAUGCCUACAAGCAGCUACAGGAUGCUCCCCGUCUGAAGUCCAUCUUGAAGGGUGCAUCUGAAGAUGUGGAUCAGCCCAACACAUUGGACAAGAUCAAGCGACAGGCGAUUCCUCGUACGAACCCCGUCAACCUUAUCUUCGUGUUGGCUCAGUAUGCGCCAAAGGUGUCUGAGAUUCACUUCUUCCCACCCCGCGACUUUUUCGAUCUGGUCAUGAGGUCCACUUUGAGUAGCGAGACUCGCGCAAAAGCCUUCUUGUGGCUGAUGUGGUGGUACCUGGAAAGCGACUUCUCGCGAGAAGCUGCUCUGAACAACCCCUUUGGCGCGGGACUCGAAGGCGAGGGCACCGACGGCCUUCCCAUCAAGGUCCCCGCGUUCGAAAGUUUGACGGAAGAACAGGCUAAUCAGGAGAACGUGGACACGCCCGAGGAACUCGAUUACGGUGAAGCCAAGAGAUUAGAACGCAAAAGGAUUCUGGAGGAGGAUGAGCCAAUUCCCCGCGCGCCAAAGCGAUCAAGAAAAGAUUAUGCCGUCGACGAAGACUCGUUCGUGGGGGACUACUCGGGUACUGGGGGCCGCGGCUCUGCCUUGUCAACUCCUAUGCAUACAUCUGCGAAGCGUGGCCUGGAUGACGACGAGGAUGAAAUCACUCCUGGCUAUUCACGGCAUCGAAGCAAACAGGCCAAACGAGACUCGUCGCUGAAUCGGGUUGUGGGUCAUCAGCGACUUAUUCUCAAGACGCGCAUGGAUCAGACCCCAGACGCCUCGCCGGCUCCUCCGGGCUCUGGUCACCCUGUUUUGAAUCGCUUCAUCGCUGAACCGUCUUUGUCACACGGCUCUGGCCGUCGACCACGGCCACUCACACAACACCAAAUCGCGGUCGAACAGAAUCGGCGACAGCGGAUCGAGUACUUGUUGGCCAAGCGGAAAAGCAACGCUUACCGCACUCUCCGGCAAAAGCGAAACAAUGAAAUUCCUUGCGUGCGCUACGGCCGUCUUCUGCAAGGGCUGCCUGAUGGCUACGACACAGAGGAUGAGGAAAAGUCAUGGGGCAAGGGUGGACUCCUGCCCAAUCCCAACGAGGAGGAUGACUUUGGUGAAUGUGCCAGCUUCUUCCUCUCGGUCGUGCGCAAAGCUUCCAGACGUCUGGACCGAUGGGACUACGAAGACGCCAAUGGACCGAAGAAGGAUCGACAGAAAGAACGCGAGGAACGUCAGAAAGCCAAGGCAGCCAUUGAGGCUAACGUACGAGCAAGCAGCAAUCGCGCCCGCCCGCGCAUUCCACGCUCUGCCGCCGCGAAGCGCAAGUCCACUGGCCCAGCGUCUACUCCAAGCGCGACGAGAAAGACAGCGGGAGCCCGUGGAAAGGCUGCCCGUAAUCGUCUUGCUGCUGAAGGCCCGGACACUCCCGCGGCCGGUACUCCGGACUGGGAUGCGGAGAAUGCUGCAGGGGACGAAGACCUCGAAGGCGAGCUGGAUGAGCUUGACCGCGAGCUCUUGGGUGAGGCUUCCGGGGAGGAAGACGGUGGUCCUCGGGAUGGCGAGGGAGAAGCCGAGGGCGAAGCCGAGGGAGAAGGAGAAGGAGAAGGAGAGGGCGAGGGCGAUGGAGACGGGGAUGGGGAUGGGGAUUCCACAGAUGAAUCCGGUGAUGAGGAAGGUGAUGUGGAUGUCGACGAGAAUUCCUCGACGUACGAUGGUCCCAACGGAUACGCACGCCAUGGGAGUUCCUCCCCUGCUCCACACGGUCAGCAUGACGGUGAUGAUGAUGCGAUGGAAGACUGA